GCCGUCGCUAUGGAGUAGCCGCGGCGGGACGGGGCCCGAGCGAGAAACAGAGCCGGCGUGACAGGCGGCCCGCCGGGCCCACAGGGCGACGGGCAGCCGGGCGCUACGCCGGCAGCUUCCCGCGGGCUCAGGAUAAGCCAUUGGUGCAGGUUGAAACCAUGGAGUCCAUGCUGAAUAAGCUGAAGAGCACGGUCACAAAGGUGACGGCUGAUGUCACCAGUGCAGUCAUGGGAAAUCCCGUUACGAGGGAAUUCGAUGUCGGGCGACAUAUUGCCAGUGGAGGUAAUGGUCUUGCUUGGAAGAUAUUUAAUGGAACUAAAAAAUCAACAAAGCAGGAAGUGGCUGUUUUUGUCUUUGAUAAGAAGCUAAUAGACAAGUACCAAAAAUUUGAAAAAGAUCAGAUUAUUGAUUCCUUAAAACGAGGUGUUCAACAGCUGACUAGGCUUCGACACCCUAGACUACUUACUGUUCAACAUCCAUUAGAAGAGUCCAGGGAUUGCUUGGCAUUUUGUACAGAGCCAGUCUGUGCAAGUUUAGCUAACGUUCUUGGCAGCUGGGACAACCUACCUUCUCCUUUACCAUCAGACAUUAAAGAAUACAAGCUUUAUGAUGUGGAGACCAAAUAUGGUUUGCUUCAGGUUUCUGAAGGUUUGUCAUUUUUGCAUAGCAGUGUCAAAAUGGUCCAUGGAAAUAUUACUCCUGAAAAUAUAAUUUUGAAUAAGAGUGGAGCAUGGAAAAUUAUGGGCUUUGAUUUUUGUAUCCAAUCAACAAAUCCAUCUGAACAGGAGCCAAAGUUCCCUUGUAAGGAAUGGGAUCCAAACUUGCCAUCCUUGUGUCUUCAAAAUCCUGAAUAUCUGGCACCAGAAUAUAUUCUCUCUGUGAGCUGUGAGACAGCCAGUGAUAUGUACUCUCUGGGAGCUGUUAUGUAUGCAGUGUUUAAUAAAGGGAAACCAAUUUUUGAGGUCAACAAGCAAGAUAUUUAUAAAAGCUUUAGUAGACAGCUUGACCAGCUGAGCCGUUUGAGCUCCAGUACUCUUCAGAACAUACCUGAGGAGGUGCGCGAGCAUGUAAAGCUGCUCCUAAACGUAGCUCCGGCAGUCAGACCAGACGCAGAUCAAAUGACUAAGAUACCAUUCUUCGAUGAUGUAGGAGCAAUGACACUUCAAUAUUUUGAUUCAUUAUUUCAAAGGGAUAACCUGCAGAAAUCACAGUUUUUUAAGGGACUACCAAAAGUUCUGCCCAAACUACCUAAGCGUGUUAUAAUUCAGCGAAUUUUGCCUUGCUUGACUUCCGAAUUUGUGAAUCCUGAUAUGGUACCCUUUGUCUUGCCUAAUGUUCUCUUAAUUGCUGAGGAGUGCACCAAAGAAGAAUAUAUCAAGCUCAUUCUACCUGAUCUUGGUCCUGUUUUUAAGCAGCAAGAACCAAUCCAGAUAUUGUUAAUCUUCCUGCAAAAAAUGGACUUGCUUCUAACCAAAACUCCACCAGAUGAAAUAAAGAACAGCGUUCUACCGAUGGUUUAUAGAGCCUUGGAAGCACCUUCAAUUCAGAUCCAGGAGCUUUGCCUGAACAUAAUUCCCACGUUUGCCAAUUUAAUAGAUUACCCAUCAAUGAAAAACUCAUUAAUCCCAAGAAUUAAAAAUGCAUGUUUGCAAACUUCUUCUCUUGCUGUCCGGGUAAACUCACUAGUGUGCUUGGGCAAGAUUUUGGAGUACUUGGAUAAAUGGUUUGUGCUUGAUGAUAUUUUACCUUUUCUACAACAGAUUCCAUCCAAGGAACCUGCAGUGCUCAUGGGAAUUUUAGGUAUUUACAAAUGUACAUUUACUCACAAGAAGUUGGGAAUUACCAAAGAACAGCUUGCAGGAAAAGUAUUACCCCAUCUGAUUCCUCUUAGUAUUGAGAACAAUCUUAAUCUCAAUCAGUUCAAUUCUUUUAUUUGUGUUAUAAGAGAUAUGCUCAGUAGAUUGGAAGCAGAGCAUAAAACAAAACUUGAGCAACUUCAUGUAAUGCAAGAGCAACAGAAAUCCUUGGACAUAGCCAACCAAAUGAGUGGGUCUGAAGAGGCAAGAUCUAGUGGUACAGGCAAUCAGGUUGACAAGGUAUUUAAUAAUGGAACUGACCUUCUGACUAGUGGAUCUGAUAGUAAAGAGAAUGAGAUGUCAUCAAUACAGAGAAAGGCCUCACUUACACUGGAAGAGAAGCAAAAGUUAGCUAAAGAACAAGAACAGGCACAGAAACUGAAAAGCCAGCAACCUCUUAAGCCCCAAGUAACUACAGUAACACCUCCAGUGAAGCAGACAAAAGACUUGACAGAUACCUUGAUAGAUAAUAUGUCAUCUUUGACCAGCCGUCCUAUCAACCAAGCUCAAGUUGCAUCUUCAAACAGCUUCUCUUCUGUUCCUUCUAUGGGUGUUGGAAUGGGAUUUUCAUCACCCAUUGACAGCACAAAGAGAAAUAUGACAAACGGACUAAAUACAAAUAUGGGGUUUCAAACUGCUGGAUUCACUAUGGGAGCAGGUCUUGCUACUCAGAAUUUCUUCAGUGGUCCAAGUGCAACAGGAGCAACCAAGAUGAACAUUGUACCACCUGCCAGUAUGCCAAAUUACAGUCCAAUGAAUGCUGCAUCUGCAGUCUCUCCACUGACACAACAAAACAGACCCCCAGAUAUGUCUGCUUUAGAUAAUCUUUUUGGUCCACAAAAACCCAAAGUUAGCAUGAAGCAGUUGGCUCAACAGAAAUCAAGCCAGUGGGUUAAUCAGUUCGCGCCGCCGCCAGGGUCCCCAAAUGCGAGCAGUACAGCCUUGGGAUCUCAGAUGAACAUGAUAGCACAGCCAGGCUUUGGUAUACAGGGUAAUCCUUUCUUUUCUCCUCAGAACUUUGCACAGCCAGCAAACGCAAUUACAAACAGCAGCUCAGCUAGCAAUGACUUAAAAGAUCUUUUUGGGUAAAAUGUUUUGUUUUCUUCUUUCAAACAUUGAUGAAAUUUGAAUCAUGGGUAAGCUGAUUAACAUCUUGUUUUGACUAAUAAAAGCAUGACUCGGGGAAACUUUCAACCCAGCAUAGUAAGGACUUUUGGACAGGAAAAAAAGCUGAUGUUUGAUUCAUCUGGUGCUGCAGUGGAAUUGUGUAAGUGCAAAGUCAUCUUACAUGCUAAAGAUUUCCUGUCUGUUUACCAACAUGAGAGUGCUGAAGGUAGGAUGCUUAUAUUCAACUGAAAAAGAAGAAGUAUAUCGAAAUUAUUUACAGGUGAACUCAGUCAACUCUUAUGAAAUUUACUACAAAAUUUAAUUAAAGUUCAGCAAAAAUGCUUAGGGGAUAAUGACGCUAUUGGGUGCAAACCUGGAGAAUUACUCAUGUUGCCUGAAUUUGUCUCAAGCUGUCAUUUUGUCCUAUGACAGUUUGCAAAAAGAAAAUUCUUACACUGGCCCAAAAAUUUUGAUAGCCAAAUUAUACAGAGAGAACUCUUACUAAUAGCUGGAGGUGAGACUAAGAAGGGAGCAUAUUUUGACUUUCUUCUCUCACAUAAGCUAGUGUAAUGAACGUGGUAGUAAACUAUAAUCAUUCAUCAGGCGUAAGUAGUUGUUCUAAAAUUUGGUUCAAGUUUGGGACAGAGAAAGAACGCUGCUUCAAAGGUCAUGCUGAUUUACAGUCUCUUUUAUAAUGCCAGAUCCUUGUUACAAGCCCCAUAGCAAAAGCAACAUACCACUUAAGCAGGAUUUUAAAAUACAUGUGGUGAUUUUGUCACAUUUACUAUACGUUCCAUAGUUCGGGCUAAUAUGAUACUGCUUCUAACUGAUGUGAAAAAAAAUUGUAGUUAUGGAACCUCACAAAAUGAAUGUAAAUGUAAAAUUCAUGUGUUGACUGCCCCAACUGUGUAACUAAAUGCACGUUAUAUAGUUACACAGAAAUAUCUUGAAUUAAUUAAUAAUUUUUGGCUCGAUUGAGACAAUGAAAAAGGAUCGCCUUAUACAAUUUGCACAGAGUUGUAUGUAAAAGCAGACUGCCAUAAAAUGCCUUGACUAGAAUGAACUAUUUCAUUUUAAUUUUAGUUUAAAUCAAGUCCUUAUGAAGGAUAGAUUGACAUGAAGUGAUUUCUCAAAUAUGGAUUUGUAAGCUCUAGAGUGUAUGAUAAAUACACUCAGAUGUAUUUCAGAUCCUUUUUAUUGUAUUGCUCUAAAUUCAAUAAAGGUCUCCAGAAGUCCAAAUAGUAGUUUCUUCUACUUCCAGAAGGUGUAUGUUCAGCUUGCCCAUGGUGGAAUCUCUGCUCUAUCAGAUACUACUGUUGGGUUUUAACUUUUUUUUUUUUUUUUUCCCCUAAGAAUUUCAAGAGCUUUCUUACCUAGUAUUUUGAAGACUAUAAAUGGUUAUUUUGAGAAGGAAAUAACUAGUUAUCUUUUUUAUGGAAAGCCUACCUGCUGAAUUUUUCAAAGCCUUUCACUGAAGAAACUCUUUUGUUUGCUGCUUAAGAAACCAAAGGGCCUUAUGCUGUAAAUAUGACUUGUAUUUUGUUAUAUUUCCACAGUUCUAAGUGGUGAUAGCAUUAAGCAUAUUUCUUGAAGAAUCCUUUAUGUAUUAUAGCUGCUGCAUUUGUCCUAUUAUUUUAAAAUACCUGGGACCAAUAAAUUUGUGGUCUAGAAAACAAUACCUAGGUUAUGUUAAAAUACCUGUGUAAAUUUAGGUGCAGUACUAGAACUGUUGAACUAUUUAAGUUCAUUUGAAGUUGCUGGCACUCUAUACCCUCAAUCACAUUAAUGUCUUCUUUUAUGUCAACUCUUGGAAGCUGUGUUUUGUUCUGAGUAACCUAAGUCAAGCUUUUGAUGAAUUACUUGAAUCUGUUUUCCUCUAAAUUGUUUGGAAAGUAAGUUUAUAUUAAAAGCAACAUCUCACAGGACUUUACAAUGUAUUAAAUUAAUACAUCUAUGGCAAAGGCAGUCUUAAAAGUCAGUGUCCUGAUCUGGGGUUUCAGUCGCUGAUCUCUCUGGACUGGGGGUUUUUCAGAACUGGAUUUAGUUUAAUCUAUUGCAGGGAAAUUGAAGUGAAAAAAAAUCAAUCUGAUUUCAUAUACUAGACUUCCUAAACUGUGUGGUUUGGGGUAUGUGCUUUUGGCAUGGGCUAUACCAGAACAUAAUCUAUUUUGUAAGAAACAAAGUAAAAAAAAAAAAAAGAAAAUCCUGCAGGUUCAAGUUAAAAGAGGCUCUUUUAUGAAGUGGUAAUGCAAUGGAAUAAGGUCUUUAUCUGUCUCAAGCAAUAGGACUUUUUUCCAUUUAUAUUUGAGAACAUAACUGAUUUCUCUAGUUUGCUGCAAUUUUCAGAAUGUCCGGAGUAGAAGAGCAACAAAGAGAAUUGAAAAGGGUGUUCAUAAAAGCUCCAGCAAAAUCUUACAGUUAUUUAAAAGUUUAUAUAUAUAUAUAUAUAUAUAUAUAUAUAUAAAACCCCUGUAUUUAAAAGUAGUGAGUCCAAUCCGUUUUCCACAUAGAUGCUUCCUGCUUAGUGUGUCAGAAACUUAGUGUGUUUGAAGUUCUCCAAUUAUUUCUUCUUGACUUGAAGGAAACAGGACUUGCAAGAGGUAAGUUACCAUGGCCAUGUGCCACUUGGCUCUUGCUUAAAUAGUUUUUGUUUAGGAAGCCUUGGCCAGCUGAUCACUCCACUUGUAAGUCAUCAUUCUGAGGCCCUGCAAGAGGCUGGAAGACUUGUUUUCUGGCCGGAGUGAAUUGUUUGAGUGCAGCAGUUGUGCUUCACAUCCAAGUUGGUUUUCAGGAAAGACAAAGAGGAAGGGACAAUAUUACAAAAUUGUGGGUAUUCCAGGAGCCUCCUAUGACUGAGCUUGGAUGGAAAGCAGUGCUACAUCUAGCUUGGCCUAAGGAGAGGGUCUGCCUAGUCAUCUUGUGAAGAAAAACAGAGAACAUAGGUUUGAAACUGGUACCUGAUUAAGAAACUACAAAUGCUACUAAUGAAAUAGUAAGCUGGUAAUAAGUUACUCUUUACAAUGCCCUGAGGAAAACUGGAAAACUCUAAAUUUCUGCCCUUCAUAUUCAACCUACUUUAAAGGAAAAAAAUGUGAAUGCCUGUCAGAUUAUAUCAUCACAGCACCCACUGUGCUCUCACCCACUGUAUGUCUUCAUUCUGCUGUGGAAAUGAGAACAGAUUCUGGGCUGAAGUGCCCAGCCCAUCUAGUUUACAUUCAUUUGUAAAGGGGAAGUAAAGGGAAGGGAGUAAGUUCCUAUUCUUUAAAUGAUUACUCUAUAUUUUAUUUACUGUCAAAGGAGAAGCUAAGUGAAAAUAGCUGCACCCCUUACAUCAGUUGUUCUUUGGCUGCUCUGGUGUAGGCUAAAUGAAUAUGACUGCGGCAAGACAACAGUGUUUUUCCGUGUUGAGCUCUUGGUUCCUUUUGGGUUUAAGUAUGAAAGUGUCUGAAGCAUCUUCUUAAAACUCAGUCAUAGAGAGCAAACUAAUCCUGCUAGAGGGAAGGAUUGUAUUCAAGAGGCCUGAAAAACCUCUAUUUUGGCUGAUGGAGAACCUUAAAACUACUGAGUUUCAGAGUAGCUUAGAAACUCCUGUUCCUGAGUCUUGAGAGAAACUGGGAAUGAAAUGGCACAGAUGUCACUGGAGGAGGGAACCAAUCUUCUGUUCCUUUUCAUCACCCAAGUGGUGUGAAUAAGGCACAGAACAGCCCUUGGAACUUGUUUAUGCAGGAGGGCAGCACUACCAGAGGAGUCUUUUGAAAGGUAAAGGAGUCCACCAAUUAUCUGGGAGAUGGGAAGAGAAAUUUUAGUGGGAGCAUGGGUGGAAUGCCCUAGUUUGUUUUAAUGAAGAUACUGUGUUCUCCUCACUGUGAAUAAGAAAUGUUGUGGGGAAGUUGUGGCCCUACAGAGGUGUUGAGUACCCCAAGUAAAAGGCUGAAUUUUUGGAUGUGUAGGUGCACAACAUUUCAAGCCUUAUUCUUUAAAACUUUCCUUUUCUGUUUUGUCAUUUUAGCAACAAUUGGAACCUUUACAAAUACCUGAUUGCCUUUUAAUGUAAGAAAAAUGUGUAUUGACUUUUGUACCAUAACCCCUGUUGUAAUGUUAUCUGUGUCUGUAGAUAGAUGUGAUUAUAUUCUAGAUUAUACGAUUUUUGGAUUUUUCAGUUCAACUGCACAAAAAAACCAGACUAAAUGAGAAGUUAGAUUUGAAUCAAAUUCCAUAAAGCUUUCAUACAGACUAAGAAUUACAUGAUACUUGUGUUAUCUGUUAUAAAUAAUACAUGCUUAGUUUGCCUACAUGUAUGUGACUUGAACAGAAAAGGAAAGUUUUUGAAACAUAAGUAUAUGAACACCAGAUUUGCAUUACUGGAUCUUGCAUUACAAUGAAGUUUUUGGACUUUGGAGUGACCUUUGCUUAUUGACUAGGGUUUUUUUAUUGGGGUUGGGUGGGAUAUUGCUGAUUUGUGCCAUUUCCAGUGAAAGAACCAUAGGGAGGGGGAGUACAGAAAAAAAAGACCUUGUUGUAUAUAUGUAACCAUUCUUUGUUAAGAGAUAUGCUGCAUUUUAUAUAUUCAUUGUGGACGUUACCUUUGGAAAGCUAUCUGGAGAAUUUCAGAUAAGUUAGCUGAUUUUCAAGUGAGGUUCUGCCUUGUACCUUACCUUCCAUUAGGCUUUGCAAGAAAAUUACACAAGGCAGUAAAAAUACACCAAAUCCUCUUGCUUUUCAGGCCUCACCCUUGUUAUCAACAUAAAUAAGCCCUGAAGUUGUAUUGUCUUUAAGUACUCUGAAACAGGUCUAACUGCUGUACAGAUUUGAGACAAAGCUGUAAAUCAAAAUGUGUUAUAGUGAACUCAGGCCUUGUGCAAAAUAUUUAAUACUUGUUUAUUUGUCUAAUUGUACAGUCUCUGUACUAGUGGCAGUUUUAUGUUCUGAUUGUAAAACAUUAAAAUUCUCAUGAGAUUUAUUAAGUGAUAUUGUUGUGUCAGCCGUGAAUCAUAAAUAGAACUGUCGUAGCAUGGCAUUAGUGUAUAUCUGGUUUAUUGGACAGCUCUUCAGAACCAAAAUUAUUCUUGUAUCAACUUGUAGAUCAGUUACUUUAAACCUAUGUAAAAAGUACAGUGACAGUUUUGAGAAAUACACAUCACUUUGUACUCUGAAUUAGAUUGCCUAUGGAAAUAAAUGAACUUUUCAUAUUUUGA